ACAAAACAUCGUACAUGCCAAUCCACAUGUUAAAGACAAUUGUGGAUCAUAUUAAAAUUUCAUAUUUACAGUUGGUUUUGUGCUGCAGUCCAUGAGCAGUUUGGAAAUGGAGAAUGAGAUUGGAAGGAAGAAAUUUUCAGGGCACGUUGUGGUGGUGCCCUACUCCACCCUUGGCCACACCAAUCCCAUGCUUCAAUUCGCCAAAAAUCUGGCUUCCAAGGGCUUGCUCGUCUCCUUCGUAAGCCUCCAUUAUGAUCAUACAAGAAUUGAAAAGGCCAGAGAAUACCUCAAUCGCCUCAACCUGGCCGUUCCGGGCCUUGUUCAGUUGGAGUGGAUUCCCGAUGAGAUUCCUCCUGAGGUGCCCAUCGACCACCACAUCAACGAUUUCCUCUUCUAUCACAUGCACCGCACCAUGACAGGUCAUGGGCUCGAAUCCCUCCUCCUCCGUUUCAAUGCCUCCGCCAAUCCUGUAUCCUGCGUCGUCUACGAUUCCUUCCUUCCCUGGGUUCCAAAAAUUGCAGCCAAGCUCAGCGUUCCCCAUGCCUUCUUCUGGACGCAGUCUGCCUCAGUUUUCUCUCUUUACCACCACUUCAAGACCGUUGAGAAGUGGGAUGGGGAAAGAAAUCUGCCGGAGAACCUCGAUUUUCCAUGUCUUGGCGAAUUUAAGAUUGCCGAUUUGCCUUCGUCAUUUCACCAUGCCACAGGAGUACCCGACUUCUUUCGAGAUCUUGACUCUGUAACCGACGCUUCCUGGGUACUCGUUAAUUCCUUUGACGAGCUGGAAUGCAGGGUUCUGGAGUACUUGAGCAGAUUAGUGAGAGGGCCUAUUUUGACAGUGGGCCCUUCUAUACCCUCGGCUUUUCUGGAUGGAGGAAAUCCGGAGGACACGCGGGUGGGAGCAGGCGCAGACCCUUGGGAAGAACCCGAGUGCGUAAGCAAAUGGCUGGAUAGCAAACCCCCACUUUCGGUUGUUUAUGUUUCCUUCGGCAGCAUAACCUCAAUUAGCCCUAAUCAGAUCUGCGAAAUUGCAGAGGGGCUUGAGAGAAGCCAACAUAGCUUCUUGUGGGUCAUCAGACCUCCCCAAGGCCACCACGACCUCAAUGCAUUGUUGCCUCAAGGUUUUCUGGGGAAAAUCGAAGGAAGGGGUUUGGUGGUGGAGUGGUGUGUUCAGCUGGAAGUGCUGUCACAUCCAUCGGUGGGGGUGUUUAUGAGCCACUGCGGUUGGAAUUCUACGCUGCAUGCUCUCAGUUCGGGCAUUCCCAUGCUCACCUUGGAGAUUUGGACGGAUCAGCCCUCCAAUGCCAAAUGUGUGGCGGACGUUUGGAAAACAGGGCGAAGAAUGAAGAAGGGGGAAGAUGGGGUUGUGGGGAUGCAGGAGAUUGAGAGAUGUGUGAGAUCAGCGAUGGAGGGCGGGGAAGAAUUUGCAGAGUUGAGGAAGAAUAGCCUGAAAUGGAAGGAGGCGGCGGCCCGGUCUAUGAUGCCCGGCGGUUCCUCUGAUGCAAAUCUUUCUCGUUUUACUCGAGAGCUUGCGGCAAUUGCAGCAUAAAUUAUUCACUUCUCUUGCGGCCAUAAUAGACUCAACGUAAUCAUUAGUGUCAGUCUCUGUGUAAACCCCCUGUUCUUAUUGUCGCUGAGAAAGAAACUUCGAAGCAACAGAGUACCUAAAAGGAACGAGGGACAUGGCGGUGCUGUUUGACCACUGUUCACUGUCUUGUAAUCAGAUUAUUUUAUGCAUUGAUUCAAUUAAAAAAAAG